UUAAAAUGCCUGUAGCUGUCAAUUAUAAUGUGCAGAGUUUUCGUCCUGUAGAUUCACUUUAAAGGUCGUUUCUCGGUGAAGCCGCGCUGCAUGGCGCUGAUAUCCGGUCGGAUCCGACUCUAUGGACUGCUCUCGAUUCGAUUUAAUGUGACAAUCUGUAAUAUUUACAGCAGACUGUCCCUAAACGGGUGUGUGUGAACAGACCCUGGAGUUUAGUGUGUGUGUUUUUUUUGUUUUGUUGUUUACAUAAAUAAAUGAGCGGUUCAUGGGAGCAGUAGACGUGUUCGGGAACCUGUGGAUUACUUGGAGAAGUGUAUCUGUAUGGUGCGAAAAGUUUUCACCCCCCUUUGGGAGAGUGUGAACGCUGCGCGCGCUGCUGCUGAGCUGCUUACUCCGAUGUGCGCGUGUCGCUGUUGGUUAGUUAGUUGGGUAGUUAGUUAGUAAGUAAGUAGGUGUAUAGUGUGUAUACUUGAGGUUAGAUCUCAGAGACCGGGGAGAACAUGUCGGCGGUGUCUGCCACCGAGAAAGUGGACGGCUUCACGCGCAAAUCCGUGAAGAAGGCGCAGAAGCUUCGGAAAUCUCCCAGCUCUUCGUCCCGCUUUCGGAGCCUCAGCUGCUCGGAGGAGCUCAACGCCCUGCCGCAGCUCCAGCCGAACACACACGAUGUGCCAUCUACGGAGCAGCAGGAGCUGUUUGUGCAGAAGCUCCAGCAGUGUUGUGUGCUCUUCGACUUCGACUCUCUCGCUGAUCUAAAGAGUAAAGAGGUGAAGAGGGCCACUCUCAACGAACUGGUGGAAUAUGUAUCGACCAGCAGGGGCGUACUGGUGGACUCCGCCUACUCUGACAUCAUUAAUAUGAUCAGCACCAACUUGUUUAGAACCCUGCCUCCGAGUGACAACCCCGAAUUUGACCCUGAAGAAGACGAGCCCACGCUGGAGGCCUCGUGGCCACACAUGCAGCUGGCGUACGAGUUUUUCCUGCGUUUCUUAGAAAACCCGGAUUUCCAACCGAGCACUGCCAAACGCUACAUCGACCAGAAGUUUGUGCUCCAGCUGUUGGAGCUGUUUGACACUGAAGACCCCCGUGAGCGCGACUUCCUGAAAACCAUCCUGCAUCGCAUCUAUGGAAAAUUCCUGGGCCUGCGUGCCUUCAUCCGCAAACAAAUCAACAACAUCUUCUUACGGUUCAUCUAUGAGACCGAACAUUUUAAUGGAGUCGCUGAACUUCUGGAGAUCCUGGGCAGCAUCAUCAAUGGGUUUGCGUUGCCGCUGAAGGCCGAGCACAAGCAGUUCCUGAUGAAGGUGCUGAUGCCCAUGCACACCGCCAAAACCCUGUCCCUCUUCCACGCACAGUUGGCGUACUGUGUGGUUCAGUUCAUGGAGAAGGACGCCGCACUCACAGAGCCGGUGAUCCGGGGACUUCUAAAAUUCUGGCCCAGGACCUGCAGCCAGAAAGAGAUCAUGUUCCUGGGUGAAAUCGAGGAGAUCCUGGAUGUCAUUGAGCCGACACAGUUUAAGAAGAUUCAGGAGCUUCUGUUCAAACAGAUCUCCAAGUGUGUAGCUAGUCCUCACUUUCAGGUAGCAGAACGGUCGCUGUACUUCUGGAACAAUGAAUACAUUCUGAGUCUGAUCGAGGAGAACAUAGACAAGAUCCUGCCGAUCAUGUUCAACAGCCUGUACCGAGUCUCUAAGGAGCACUGGAACCAGACGAUUGUCGCACUGGUGUACAACGUGUUAAAAACGCUGAUGGAGAUGAACAGCACACUGUUUGAUGAGCUCACGGCGUCGUACAAAGGAGACAGACAACGGGAGAAGAAGAAGGAGCAGGAGAGGGAGGAGCUAUGGAAGAAACUUGACGAGCUGAAGAUUUCCAAGAACCCGAACAACAGCCACGGCAUCCUGAACAGCAACAACAAUAACAACCAGGCCGAGAAGCAGAACAGCUCAUUCAGCACUGCUACAGACAGCGCUAACACACAAACGCACCAUAACGACCAGUAUACCAAAUGACACAGGACCUGCUGUCAGAUCGAAACCAGCGGCACUCCGUCUCUCACACGGUCGCUUCAGCUGAAAAACGCACUCUGUAGAUCUACACGGACUGAUUUUAUCUAUGAAAAUGAAAUAUUUUAGUUAUGUAAGUCUAUUUUUGGACGUCGAGUGCCGUCACUUUAUUACUUGACUCGCAGAUAGAUGUUUUCCAUCGUACGCUAUUAUCGUGGACAUUACCGCAAUCUGUUCUGGAGGAGGCAGUCGUGAGCAGUGUUCUUACUCGGAGAUGAAUCCUGUUUUAUUCAGGAUUAGACAACAUUAGGAAGGCUGUUUUCUAAAGUUUCAUUCGCGCUUUUUUCCCCCCGCACAUUUGGAGGCGGUUUUGAGAAUGCAGUAUUGGGACAUCAAUAAUUUCAGCAUGGUUGUUAAGGUCACACUGGGUUUCUGAUGAGUACACACGGGUCGAAAAGAAGACAAAAUGGAUCGGUGGAGAAAUGAGUGCUCAAAUGUAAUGAUGUAUCAAGAUCAGCUAUGUGGGACAUUUCUUCAAGAAACUCCAGAGUCCUAGCAACUGUUCCUGCAUAAUUUUGACAAGUUUUAUCCAGAAAGAGAGGAUUAAUGUCGUUGAUUAAUAUUAAUGUUUGUUGUAAAUUGAUCUUUGUGUAAUGCGUGUGGCGUUCAAGUCAAACCGGGACUGAUUUCCUGUGAAUGAAGGAGUGAAACUGAUUGAGAGUUGCAAAAGACUUCGAGCACAGUAUGCUGAUGAGAUUCUUAGGUGAAAUAAAACGUUUGAAUGGUGCAAACAUUUUAAAGAAAAUAUUGCUGAAUGACAAUCCCGGCCGAAGUGGUUUGGAGCGCACCGUAAUUCGGUUAGUGUGACGAAUAAACUUUGAAGAUUGACAUAACUUGUCGCCAGCUUGCGGAAGAGACGCAUCUGUCUGUGGGAACUGCACACACAAUCAUUUACGAACACUACUUGCACAUUACAGGAACUCGACUGGGAGUUUUUGCCACAUCCAGGCAGUCCGAUUAUGGCUCCGUGAUCAUGAGAAAACUUUCUAUGUUGAUGGUAUCCAAACACUGGUGAAACACUGGUGAAACACUGGGAAUAAGUCAAUUACUGUAGCAGGGGAUUAUAUAGAGAAAUAAAUGUAGUUUUUACUCUCAUAACUGUGUUCUGUUAAUCUGCGGCAAGUCAAAAGUCCCGGUUUGACCCGAACGCCGCUCCUAUAAAUGAUGGGUGUUUUUUUUUUCUUGAUUUGUUUUUUUUUUUUUUUAAUUAGAGUCAUCACUGAAUUGCAAAAAAAGUCUAAAUAAAGUAAA